CGCUGCUGCACAAGUGAAACAAAAGCUAAAUGCUGGCCGGGCUGGCUGCACACAGGCAAGAUCACUGGGUCUGUGUUGCUCGAACUAGGAGCGUCCCUCCCGCCAGUGCCGGCAGGCGCAGGAGCCCAGGUCACGUUCAAACGCACCGGGUACGGUUUCUGUCAGCCUGGUGAUUGAAAAUAUGAUAAUUACGUCUUCUAACGAAUUACAAAGGGAUCCGAGGACAGAUUACAAGAGAGCAAAGGUUUCACUUGCCCGCUCUAAUCAAAGUGGUGGGAGUGCUGUGAUGGAGAGGGGUCUGUAGAACGUCAGAGGUACAGAACACAGGGGCUUUGCCACGUAAUUACAGGCCUGUAUUACCAGAAUCUCGUCUCCCUGGGGUCACCAAUUUUAAUUUAUUCGGCGCAAAACAAUCCCUGGACGGCACUCCGCUGGCUUUUGAAGUGCCAGAAAGGCCUUUUUUUUCUGCAAGCAGAAGUAUUGCACACUUCAGAGUUCCCCCGCCUAGAAUCUUCCAACCAAAAACUAUUUUACCCUCCUGUGUGUGUGUGUGUCUCUCUCUCUUAAACCAGAGUAAGUUGAGAAACCUCACUUGUACAUCUGCAAAACAUCAUUCUUUCUAAACUGAUGUCACCUAUGUGAGUCAAGAAGGAAGGACAACUUUUCUUCAAGUUCCUGACUAUGUACUGCUGUUGCAUUGGCGCCGGAGAAGUUACCGACUGUAAGGAAAGUUUGCUCAUUUUUUCUCUUUUUUAACGAUUUGAUUUUUUCCGGCGUGGGGUUCAAGUGUGUGGAGACCUAUUCUGACAGAAUUGGCCUCAACUGGAGGCGAAAGGUGCCGAGGUUCAGAAGAUUAAUAGAAUUUGUAUAUAUACAUUUUGUUUUCAACAAAAAUAGUACCUAAGCCAUGACCUCGAAUUAUCCCCACGUAAUGGACAGGCAAGCGUCCUCUGUACCCACUCGCUUGGAGAAUACUAUCACAGCCAGCAUGGACAAUUUACAGUCUAAAAAGAACUUCACGGUGAGUCACCUGCUGGAUCUGGAAGAAGUGGGGGAGAUGAAUCUUCAGCAGGCCGACGAGGGUGUGAGUGAGGCGGGCAGGAAACUGCUCGAGUCCCCGGCGGUGACCAGCGGCAGUGACACUCCCCAACAAGAAAGUGAUAAAAUAAACACAGAGCAGAAGAAGAAGCGGAAGCAGAGGAGGAACAGGACCACAUUCAACAGCAGCCAACUGCAGGCUCUGGAGAGGGUUUUCGAGCGGACGCAUUACCCGGACGCAUUUGUACGCGAGGAUCUGGCCAGAAGAGUCAACCUCACCGAGGCCAGAGUCCAGGUUUGGUUUCAAAACAGAAGGGCGAAAUUCCGUCGAAACGAGAGGGCCUUAUUGGCCAGUAAAAAUGCGUCCAUCCUCAAGUCAUUCAGCGGAGAGGCGGUGGAGCAGCCGAUGGCGCCGCGCCCAGCGCCAAGAGCCCAGGAUUACCUGUCCUGGGGAACGACAUCUCCAUAUGGUGCAAUGGCCAGCUACUCUUCCAACUGUGCUACCACUAGCCCGACUCAAGGAAUGAACAUGGCCAACAGCAUUGCAAACCUUCGCCUCAAGGCCAAAGAGUACAGCUUACAAAGAAAUCAGGUGCCCACCGUGAACUGAGUGCCCCUUAUGGACUAUCGCAACCACGGGUCCGUACAUUCUCUGCAAACAGACAUCAUCAGAAUCAGGUCGCAAAGAAGGGACAAGAAUGAAUACUCCAUACAUCAAGGUUAUCCCAAUGCAACAGGCUAAUUAAACACACUGACGCGCACAAAUACUUGACCUGUAUAGAGCCAGAAUUGCUGACGCGUUACAUCCCUGUGGAUCUUUAAGUAAAGGCAAAAGUAAGUAUAUAUUCCAGUUUUGUCAAAUAAUUGUUUUCCAACCCAGAUUUAAUAUACUGGGACACAAUUUUUCAAACUUUGGCUAGACCAAUUACAAGAUUUUUUUGAUGUAUGUUUUUAAGGGACUUUUCAUGAGCCCCCAACUGAGUGUUGUAUUAAAGUUAUAUUGUAUUGUUUCUAUACAGAUUUUACAUUUUGUAUCCAUGACAAGGUUAUUGUUAGCAAUGCAUUUUUUUUUCUAUAGAGAAGCUUGGUAAGGCUAUUUUUUGUUGACCAAUCAUUUUCUUUCAAGAUAAGGCAAAUCUGAUUUCCUAUUCUCUCCAUGUCUGUAACAACAUUUACCAAUUCUGAAAGGAAAAAUGGUUCUUUUGUGCACAAUAAACAAGCACUCAAAGACGUGGGUUUAUAUCUGACUAGAAAUACUUCAAUAAAUUAUUAUGAAAAUA